AUGGUUGCUCAACAGUGUAUGUCAGGAUUGGAUGAAAAUAACUGCGACAAGCUCGAAUUUAAUGAAUGUGAAAAUGAUGAGUAUCGAUGCAUGAAUGGAAUGUGUAUUCCUGAGGAAUAUUUUCUCGACGGUGAAUUUGAUUGUUUAGAUUGGAGCGAUGAAAUUCAAUAUUACGAUGAUGGAAAUUGCCCAAUAGAAGAAGCGAGUGCUCAAUGUGAUGAUCGAAUUUGUCCACGAAAUCAAUGGCCAUGUGGUGAUGGACAAUGUAUUCCUGAUCGAUUACAAUUUCAGAGAUUGACACAAAUCAAUUCACAAUGUCGAAACCGACGUGAACAAUACUUUAUGUGUGAAACACAUUACGUAAAGAAAAAGUGGACAUUACCUAAUGGACGAUGUUAUGAAGAUGUUGGAUACGAAGAAGUAAAUGUAACCAAUCGUACUAUUCAUGAUGAAUGUCAAUAUCUUCUCAGAUGUAUUUUAUCAAAAGGAGCAGAACAGAAUUGUUCGUGUACUGAUAAUUCCUGUAUCGAUAGACUCAAUACAACAUGUCCUUAUUAUGAUAUUCAAUUUCCAAAAGCUGGAAUCUUAGCGCCUUAUAUUUUAUCUGUCUAUUAUCGAACACGAAAUGCUUCUUCGGUUGCACCAGAUUUUUUUUGGAUCAAUGGAACAAUUAAAUGCCAAGAUACGCUAAUCGAUAUCCCUGGUGCGCAAUUUUCAAACUAUUCAACACUUCCUCGAAUCGAAGAUUCAUUGUGUCGCUAUGCAAAUAAUAGAUCUUCAUUCGGUAAUAAAAGCUAUUAUCAAUCUUGUUAUUCUCAUUCAUUAACUUUCAACAAUCGCCCGUAUAGCUCUCGUACUAUAUGCAGCAAACCUGGCAAAUGUGUUUCAAUCUAUCGUAUGAGAGAUGGAUUUAUGGAUUGUACCGAUGAAAUGGAUGAAACAAAUGAUUAUCUUUUAGAUAAAAUAUGUUCAAAAGUUCAACGUUACCGUUUCCGUUGUUCUUUUGAGCAACCGACGUGUUUAAGUGUAACUGCUCUUGGAAAUCUUCAAAAUGACUGUAAAAACUUUUUUGAUGAGCGCUGGUUUGGUACGAGUGCAAAAUUAAUAGAUGUCAAGUGUAAUAAACUGUGGAAGGAUGAAUGUGGAAUGCUUCGAGAAUACAUUGAAAAAUCUUGGAUAUUGAGCGGAACGAACGAAAUCGUUGAACAAGUUCGAAUACCAUUUCGUAGCUAUUGUAAUACAUUCAGGAAUUUAGCUUCCCAAGAAGAUGAAAAUGUGAACGAAUGCAGCGAUGCAUGGGUGUGCCCAGAAGAACAAUGGAAAUGUAACACUGGACAAUGCAUCGAAGCAGAAUGGGUAUUAGAUGGUGUAUGGGAUUGUUUUGAUGCAUCCGAUGAAACUGAUCUCCUCUCGUCGUUUCUCUCAGAUCGAACUCUACGUUUAGUUUCAUAUUCUAAGCUGGCAAAUAAAUCUAUCGAUUUAUAUAGAACAUCGCCAUUUUCGUCAAUUUCUAAUCUGACAAUGGAAUUUCCAUGUUUUCAUGUCAAUAGUUCAAAUCCAUGGGAUAACUUAACAUAUAAUCGACCUUGCAUUAGCCGACAGAAAAUUGGGGAUAAUCAUGUCGACUGCUAUGGAGCCAUUCACGAACGUAAUACCAUAACGCAUUGUGAUCAGUUAACAAUGCUUGGAUAUAAUUUCAAAUGUCAAUCAAGUAAUCAAUGCAUUCCAUAUUGGGAUCACUGUUCAGGAAGUCGAUGCACGAUAAACUCGGAUGAUCGAUUUUGGUGUGAUAUUCGGCAAAAUUCGCCUACUUGCGAUAUUUUCGUGGAUUCUGUUUGUUUCAAUGGUACAUGUGUGAAACGUGGCCGAUGCAAUCGAAUUCUAGAAUGUUCGUUCGGUAAAGAUGAAUAUAUGUGUGAAUAUGAAAAAGAGUCGAAACUAAUUAGUGUGUCUUAUCGUAAAGACAAAGAAUUCGGAGCCAAAAAUACAAAUAAUAAACUUCGAUUGCUCGGAUUUCCAGCUGAUGCUAACAUUAGUAAACUAGAGACCGAUUUGAAUUCUACGGCAAACAGUACUCAAGCAGCAACAGCGUCACCAGAUAUCAAAUCAGAGCCAAUUGCAUAUUGGUGCAAUCGAGGUGUUGGUGUACACAUGAAUAAUGGUUCAAUCGCUUGCUUCUGUCCGCCGCAAUAUUACGGUGAUAAAUGUGAAUUUCAUACCGAUCGAAUAACGGUACUUCUUCAUCUUAAUCUUUCUCAGUCGAUCUAUCGAGUGGAUAUGAAUGUUAAAAUUGUACUCAAGAUACUUGUUCUAUUACUUUUUAAUAAUGAAACCAUUACUAUCGGAUAUCAUCCAUAUUCAAUUCGUAUUGAAAUCUAUGAAAGAAAUGAUUCGGGAGAACCAUUCCUUAUUGCAGUAUGGCAGUAUCCAGUCUAUUUCGAUUAUUUACCUGUAUAUCGUCUUGCCAAAGUACUUCAACUAACAAAACCAACUGUGAUACAAAAUCCAUGUUCGAGUAAUCCUUGUAAUAAAAAUCAAGAUUGUCAACAAUUAAUGAAUGAAAAAUCGAAAUAUAUCUGUCUCUGCAAAAGUAAUUUUACAGGAGAGAAUUGUUCGAUUGAGGAUAAACAUUGUAUUAACGGGUUCUGUACAGUGGGGUCUCUAUGCAAACCAAAUUACCGUGGUGUAUUACUGGGAAAUGAACUACCGUUUUAUAUCUGUUUGUUUGACAUGUUCGGUGAACAAUGUAAUAUUGAAUAUGAUAAAUGUUUACCGAAUCCUUGCCAAAACAACGGUUCGUGCUAUCCAACUGCUAAACCAGAUAUUAUCUUAUGUUUAUGUACUGAAGGAUAUCGUGGCAGUAAUUGUGAAUUGAAAAAACCUGAAAUUCAAUUAUAUGUUAAUGAAAGUGUUCAUCAUAUAGGAGCUGUUGUUCAAUACUUUGAAAUUGAUUUUAUAUCUCUCGAUCUCAUUCUUGUUCAUCAACAAGUCUAUCGGACUCUGCCAACAUUAAUUGAAUAUAAAAAUAAACGAAAAACAAUACCAGCAAUUAUUUUAGUUAAACUGUAUUCUUCUCAAAUUGAACUGCCUGCUGAGUUUUAUUUAAUUUCUGUUCAUAUUAAUGUUGCAUCAAUUUACGCUACUACUCAAGUAAAUGAAAAAGGCUGA